CAACUUGACCAUGGCUGGGCUGGGGUUGCCCACCAUCUUCAAAGAAGGGCUGGGUGUGCUGCUCCUGGUAUUCUCAGCAGGUGAGCUGGUCCUGGGAAGCCAAACAAUUGAAGAAAGUAUCCCUGAGUCUAGAGGGAAUACUUGCAACAAGCUCUGGCAGUAUCCGCGUUUCGUGGCCAAGAAGAGGGACAGCUCCUUCGAAGUGACCUGCCGGGUAAAUGAUUAUGGCCAAGUGACUUGGCUUCGGAAGCAGGAGUCAGACCCCAGUCCACAGGUGCUAAAGAUCAACAAUGGACAGAUCACGCAGUCUUGGAAUGGCAGCACCUACACUCUCACCAUCCAAAAGGUCCAAUUUGAGGACAAUGGCAUCUAUUACUGUGAGCAAGUGUGUGUGGAUCAUUCUAAAAAGCCCUUACAGGGAUGCGGCACUGAGCUCCGUGUCAUGGGGUAUAGCACUGUGGCCCAGCUGAAGCGGAGGAACACACUGAAAGAUGCCAUCAUCAUGAUUCAGACCUUGCUCAUCAUUGUCUUCAUCACUGUCCCUGUUUUCCUGCUUUUAGACAAGGAUGACAACAAGGUGGUGCUGGAGGAUGAUCAUACCUAUGAGGGUCUGGAAAUUGACCAGACGGCCACCUAUGAGGACAUUGUGACACUUCGGACUGGAGAAGUCAAAUGGUCAGUGGGCGAGCACCCAGGCCAAGAGUGAAGGGUUCCUUCAUCUGGCAAUCCUUCCUAUGCUCCCUAUCUCUCCAUCAACCUUCUGAAGAGAGAUCAUCCAGCAACUCAGCUUCAUGGACCUGUUCUGGUUCCCAGCCCGAAACUCCUUUCUCCUCUACCUAUAACUGUCCCAUAACUGUCCCACCUCCAGGCUUACUGGUCCAAUUCUGCCUUCCUGCUGCCAAUCCCUCUCACCUCACAACCAUCUCCAGAGGGAUAUAGGCCUUCAGGGUUUAACAGAACACAGAUUUAAGGGAAGGUGUCUCUGGAAGGCUCUUUGGAGCUGGCCAUGUUUGGGAUGGCUGGGAUUGGGGGGAGAUAGAGUAGAGGGAGACUCAGACCUUGGGGGGAGAGGGGAGGCAAGGAAAACAGAGAUUGGGAGUCUGGUGAAGAAGAAAGGGAGGAAACUUGUAAAUCUGUCUCAGAGGGACCUAGAAGACCAGGCCAUACUUGAAUUUCCACAGUACCAUUCCUCCAGUCCUAAUGAAAGCCAGGACCUGGAUAGACUCUGAACACUUGGCCGGCCAACUGACUCAAUCCAAAUUGGGGGUUAUGAAGAUAUAUCCCCUUCUCCCAUCUUCCAGGGCCCUGUUGAGCCUUUCUUGGUGUCCUAUGCAUAGCCUCUGAUGUAAUAAACUGUGUGUUUUGAGAAAACA